AUGUUAACUUGGUAUUUCAAAGUUCGUUUACCGAGUUGUCCCAAUCCAUCCUAUAUGAUGCCGCUCAUUCCGUUACAAUUGUCCAAGUCUGAAGAAGUAGUGUUUGAACAGUGGCAAAUUCCAAACUGGGUCAAACGAUUUAAUGUUAGUCACUUAUUCGAUUGGACUUGGCAUAAGAAUGGCGAAUUUAGACGUUGCCAAGCAUCAAUAGUUCGAUCAUCGCAGUCAUCAGCAUGCAAGGCUGCAUCAGCAACAGUUGUGAAUGAUGUUCUCGAUUAUUUUCGUUCUCAUCCUAAUGAAGGAUGUAUCGUAGACAAUGUUGCACGUCUUCCUAAUUUGAUUCCUCAUCCAUUACCUCGUGCUCGCUCUUUGACUGAUACAUGUUCUUCACUUCACAUCGAUCAUGACUGGGCUAUAUGCAGUAAACCACAGUCAGAACUUGAUAAUUUCCUUCCAGCAACCAAACGAUUUGUAACUAUUGCUGUAUUCAAUGCAUUUGUCGAUACAGGUUACUGUCAUUCACAAGUACCUGGAACAGUUUUUACUAAGCAUGCCACUUUUCAUCUUCAAAAAUGGACCAAUAAACGAUGUAGUAAUGACGUCAUCUCUAGCAUUCCACAAAUCAAGAAUGAAUAUCGACAUACUGAAUUAAUUGACUCUCUUGGAAAUUAUUUUGAAGCACCAGGACAUUUUGCACCUCAGCAAUUACCAAGAUUACUACGCUUGCUUGCUACUGUGCCAACAACAGCCAAAGUUCUUGUUUCAAAAGGUGGUGUCGCUGAUCCAUUGAUUGAUGUCCUUGUUGAACGCGGCAUAGUUACACGUGAUCGUAUGGUUCCAUUUGAUAAAGAUACUCGUCCUAAUCACUUCGCAAAUAUUGUUUAUCGCAGUGAACCAUGGCCAUAUGUAGGAGAUAAAGACAAUGCGCACUACAUUCAUGAUCGAACAGACAUGCAACUUGUUCAUCGAGCUAUGGCCACUGAUGACUUAACAGUGACCGAGAAAAAAGACAGUAUUAUUCUAAUAAAAAGAAAAGAUGGAGAUGCACGAUCAAUUGUUGAACAUUCAGAUAUGUUUACAUUUAUAGCAUCAUCACUCAAUAAAUCUAAAUUAUGGUCAGAUCUUCAUAUCGAAAUCUUCGAAGCUCAAGGACAUAUUCGUGAUCAUAUUGCCUUAUUUCGUCGAGCUCGCAUAAUUAUCGGUCCUCAUGGUGCUGGAAUGAUGAAUAUACUAUGGUCAUCACCAGGAACACAUGUCGUUGAGAUUGGAUAUACGACUGGAAUGACUUUUCCUGAAAUGUAUGCUGAAAUGAGUCUUCAUUUGGAACAUCAUUACUGGAUCUGUAAAGGACAUGGUAAUUAUUACACCCCCAUUCAUGUUGACAUGGAUGAUUUUAUGUAUAUUUUCAAUCAAAUUAUGCAUGAAAUAGAAAUGGAGAAAGCACGGUCUUGA